UCUCGCGUGGCUUCUCAUUGUGGACCGGAGACGCGGCACGACAUGUACUUGGAGGACACGACUUGCUGCUACCAACACGGCUCGCCGUUGCCGUCGGACGAAGACUCGAUGGUCAGUCACGUCACCAUGGGUCACUUCGGACAACACUUCGCGCAGUACCAACAAAGAACGACAGCAGAUAUGAAUAUUUGCGUCGAGUCUUUCGGACAUUUGGGUUUGAAGAGGGAGGUUGAUUUUUAUCAAAAAACCGGCUACGAACAGGAAGCUUCGGAAGCAAAUCAGGUGGUUUUGCCUCAAAGCGAGUGUCUGCAAAUGUUUCAAGAAGAGCAAGGGUUGCUGAUGGAAAAUGAUGGUGAGAGCGAAAUCGAGGAAGAUCUGAUCGACGAAGAGGAGGACGAAGACGAUUCAGGCUGCUAUAUUUUGCGGUGCAAAUGGACCAACUGCACUUUGACCUUCUCCGACCAGAAGACGCUGGUGCGUCACAUCGAGAGGUCACACGUGAUGGAGGCAAGAAGAGGCUCGUACGAAUUCGCCUGCCACUGGAAAAACUGCCCCCGCGCCUGUCGCCCCUUCAACGCGCGCUACAAACUGCUCAUCCACAUGCGCGUCCACUCGGGCGAAAAACCCAACAAAUGCACCUGGCAUGGAUGUGGAAAGGCCUUCUCGCGUCUGGAGAACCUGAAAAUCCACCAGAGGUCGCACACAGGCGAGCGACCCUACCUGUGUCCCUUCCACGGCUGCGCCAAGGCCUUCAGCAACAGCUCGGACAGGGCCAAGCACCAGAGGACGCACCUCGAGCCGAAGCCGUACGCUUGCAAAAUUCCUGGCUGCAGAAAAAGGUACACCGAUCCGAGCUCCCUUCGGAAACACACCAAGAACCACAGCACCGGCAGGCUGAGGAAAACGUUGCUGGACGAGGUUGUCGUUCAGGAGCCCAAAAGGGUACCCGAAACUACUCCUUUACCACCGUUGGAAUCGAUAAUUCGACCGUCCGAGACGUUCUCCCCCAACGGAGUCAUAGCCUACAUGGAUGACUACCUAAGCAAUGAGGCUUUGCAUACAGAUUACAACUUGCCAGAGACCAAAAUUGACUCAACAUUCGAUCCAGUAAUGCUCGACCCUUUACCCUUUGAGGCAGUGAAGAGACUGCUGGAGGAGGAGGAACCAACUGAUUUUGAAGCAGCGAUCGACAUGUUUCCUCUGCAGCAACAAUUCCAGCAGACUUUCCAGAGCUUUGCCACGACAGGCCCGGCGUAUAGAAGAGACUUUGGAAUGUAGAAAUUGUGUAUUUUCGUAUUUUGAUAUGUAUAUUUAUUAACAAUUUGAGACGAAGAUUAUUGAACGGAUCUCUGUUGGCAUCAAAUUGAUCUCUAGAGUCUUUCUGUAAAUAUUUUGUUUGCACAAAGAAAUGAAUAUUUUUUGACUGAACUUUUGAAUUUUGCGAGUGAAUAAAAUGAGCCAUAUUUUUGAAAAAUACAAAAACGUGUUCUGAUUUAAAAAUUAAAAACAGGAAUGACUAAAGGAUUAAAUGGAAUGUUGACAAC